AUGCUCUGGACCUUUGGUUGCCUCACUUGGGUAAACAUACCCCAGGCAAAAUGCAAGAAGCUUGAUGAACCAGCCAACCUGGUGAUCUUUGUUGGAUAUGAUGAAGAACAUAAGGGGUGGAAGUUCCUGACCCCAAACCAUAACCCACCAGUCUUCUGGUCAAACUUGGCCCAUUUUCUACAGGACAAGUCAUGGAACAAUUGCACUGACACCACCCAGAUUCAAGAUAUGGAUGCUUUACAUUACAACACUGGAACUGACAUCAAGGAUUUCAGUUACAGUGACAUUGAUACACAUGAUGAAGACCUACAACAACCCCUUGAUGAAAUCUACUGCCUAGCACCAGAACAAGAUAUGGCAUUCAAAGGGGAAAUCUCACCUCCUGAACUGGCAAAUGACACCCUCAGACACCCGGAUCCUCCUGGGCCAGCAGAUACCACCCAUGAACAUCCAGACAACAAGCCAGAUGAGGAACUUGGGUUGACUUCAUUGCCCAUGCCAUCAAACCAGAUGCUGCCAGGCUCACCACUGCUGCUGAGGGACCUCACUCCCCAUGCCCAAAACUCUGCUUUCUCCAAAUACUUGUCAAUACAAAAUGCCCAGUACUAUAAUAACAAGUUUGCCACCACAGGCAAGGUGUACCCUUGGCUGCACCCAACAACACUUGCUGAACUGCUCUGUCUUCACCUGAGAGUAUUUCUGCCCACAGCAGAGAUACAUCAGUUCCAAGAGAAACUCCAGUGCAAUGGAAAACUAGCAGACAUAGGACCAAUUCCAGAGUAUAAUGCAAAUGUAUAUACACUCAUGGUCACUAAUCUAAAACCAUCAGUAAAGGAAGCUCUGACUGGGCCUGACCAGAUCCAUUGGCAUGAGGCAAUCAAAGCAGAAAUCGAUGGCCUUGAGAGUAUGCAUGUAUGGGAGACUGUGGAUUGGCCAAAGAAUACAAACCUUGUUGACUCAAAACUGGUCCUGCAGGUCAAGACUGACACAAAUGGCAUCCCAUACAAGUUCAAAGCCAGAUUCUGCACAUGCAGUUUCUCUCAGAAGGAGGGGAUAGACUUUGACAAAAUCUUCACUCCAGUGGUGCCAAGGGAUGCAAUUUGGACCAUUCUCAUGAUUGCAGUGAAGUUUGAUUGGGAAAUGGAUUCUAUUGAUGUCACUCAAGCAUAUCUUAAUGCCAACCUCCAUCACAAUGUAUAUUUGAAACCACCAGAAGGUGCAGAAGUCCCAGUGGGAAAGGUGUAUAAACUACUUAAGAGCUUAUAUGGACUGAAACAAUCUGGCCAGGAAUGGCACAAGGAGCUUGACACAUAUCUACAUUGUCUUGGUUUCUUUCCCCUCCUCAAUGUUCCCUGCAUCUAUCUAAAGGGUGUGGGUGCAUCGCAAGUGAUUAUCACAAUAUACAUGGAUGAUAUGUGUCACAGGGUCAGAAGGAUAGCGCAAGAGAGUGUGCCAAAUUGA